CGAAGACUGAAGGACCAACUAUCUGUGUUCUCUCUUUCAGCAGAGUCUCCCAACUUUCUUUACCUUCUCUCUGGUGAAUGAAAAAGUAUGGGCCACAUCUAAUCCCCUCUAAAAACCAAUUCUUCAAUUCGACUUCAAGAAUCCUUCCGAUUCCUAGGGUUCUCUUUUGGGUUCCUUGAAAAAACCUUGCUUUCCUACUGUUUCUCUCUCCCUCUCUCUAUCUCUGUCUCUCCAGUCUCUGUGAAUGUUGGUGGUGGAUAUGACAGUGCUCUCUACGAAUACUCUGCCACUAGGGUUCAGAUUUAGGCCUACGGAUGAGGAGCUUAUUGAUUAUUAUUUGCGCUCCAAAAUCAAUGGCAAUCAUAAGCAAGUCACUGUUAUUCGUGAAAUUGAUGUUUGCAAAUGGGAGCCGUGGGAUUUGCCUGAUUUAUCAGUGAUACGGACAACGGAUCCAGAGUGGUUCUUCUUCUGUCCACAGGACAGAAAGUACCCAAAUGGGCACAGGUUGAACAGGGCUACAGGUAGAGGGUACUGGAAGGCCACUGGCAAAGAUCGUCAAAUCAAGUCAGCAACAAUCUUGAUUGGUAUGAAAAAGACCCUGGUCUUCCAUACUGGUCGUGCUCCUAAGGGUAAGAGGACCAAUUGGGUUAUGCACGAAUACCGCACAACACAAAAGGAGCUUGAUGGCACUAAUCCUGGCCAGAAUCCCUUUGUUCUUUGUCGUCUGUUUAAAAAACAAGAUGAGACUAUCGAAGAUUCAAACUUAGCUGAAGUUGAACCUACAGUUUCAUCCCCUACUGCUGCCAUAUCUUCUCCUCAAGACACGCAGUCUGAUCAUGCACUGGGUCCAGCAUCACCAUCAUUUGAGAGAAAUGAAAAGCCGACUAAAGUAGAAUGUACCACUGCUGAUUGUUCAAAUGGGAUGGAACCAGACACUCUACAACCUAUUGAGUGCCCUAGCAACUGCUAUAAUGGUUAUGAUGCAGAAGAUCAACUGAAUGUGCCGCUGGAGGAAUUAGACAUAUUUUAUGAUCCCCCGCAACAGCCACUUUUUUCCCCACUGCACUCGCAGAUGCAAACGGAGCUCUAUUACUGUGGCAGCAAUAACUUCAACAACGGUCAUCAGGGGGUGAAGUUUCAAUACGGCACCAAUGAUCAAGAUGCAGAUAUUUCUGAAUUCUUGAGCUCAAUUUUUAAUAGUUCAGGGGAGCACAGUGAUGUAGAUGCAAAAGUGGCAGUACCAUGCGAGACAGAGUUUCAAAAUCCUGUUCAGUCUGAGGGGAAUAUUGACAGAAAGGGUCCAGUGCAGAAUGAGUCAACUCGAAUAGAUUGUGACCAAUCCUCAAUGUUUCGGGUAACAAGCAAUCAUUCAAAUGUGUUUCUUAGUGGAGACGCUGGGAAUGGAAUCAGGCUUCGGGCUCGCAAAACACAAAAUCUAACUAGCACCGAGAACUUUGCGAGGCAGGGUGAUGCACCAAGAAGACUACGGCUUCAGCGUAAAGUACUCUACUGCAGCAAUUUGUCUAAAGAUUGGAACUGUAGACCAGAAGACCGAGAAACAAAACCAAUGGCUGUGGAGGAGAUAAGAGAUACUGAAGAGAAAGCUGUUGAUGCUGCUGUUAGUGAUGCUGUUGAUGCUGCUACUGAUCCACCAAAAAAAGAAACCAUGUCCACAAGACCAAACUUCACCCCAGAGGGCAGCAUUCUGACAGGCGAAAGGGUCCCUAAUGUGAUCUUGCAGGCCUCUCCUGCUGGUCAUUCUAUGUGGUCAUUUGCCUUUCUGUUUAGGGUAGUUGUUGUGGUUGCAUUCUUGUUCAUAAUGUUGCUAGCGUAUGGGGAUUUCAUAAGUUUUGAUGCUGCUGGAAGCCCUUUUACCGCGCGUAUGGCCUGAGCCCCAUUUUUGAGGAAGGGGCUUGUUUUGUGAGGCUCACAGAAUAGAUCAUUGAUUUGUUAGGUCUGUUGAUAUUUAUUUUUUACGUGCUUAUUUUAGUAUAACUCAGACCGAGUUCUCGUGUGUUUAUGUACAGCAGCUAACAAUUUUGAGGGUAUUUUUCUUCCAUAAAUAAAAUUAUGAACUUUAGUUAAGCUGCACGGAUUUAUUAGAAA